UGUCAUAGUCCCACCACCCACUACUUGCGCAUUCCUGUCUUGAAAUACCAUUCUUCUGCCAGCUCUGCUCCACCUCCCUCAUCAUUCACGCCCAUCCCAUUUCAAUUUUCUCUUUCUAGAUCCAAAAAACACAUAAUCUGAGAUGGGUUCAUCGUCGGAGGACGAGGGGGAGGAGUACUUGUUCAAAAUUGUGAUAGUGGGUGAUUCAGCAGUUGGCAAAUCAAAUUUACUCUCUCGUUAUGCGAGAAAUGAGUUCAAUAUGCAUUCGAAGGCCACCAUUGGAGUCGAAUUUCAGACCCAGUCGCUUGAAUUUGAUGGGAAAGAAGUUAAGGCACAGAUUUGGGACACCGCCGGCCAAGAACGGUUCCGUGCUGUCACCUCUGCGUACUAUCGCGGUGCCUUUGGUGCUCUUGUUGUUUAUGAUAUUAGCAGAAGGUCUACUUUUGAUAGCAUCCCCCGUUGGCUUGAUGAACUCAAGACUCAUUCUGAUACAACCGUUGCAAGGAUGCUUGUUGGGAAUAAGUGUGACUUAGAAAGCAUUAGGGAUGUGAGUAUGGACGAGGGCAAACGCCUUGCGGAAUCUGAAGGAUUGUUUUUUAUUGAGACAUCUGCAUUGGAUUCGACAAAUGUUAAAAAGGCUUUUGAAAUUGUUAUCCGAGAAAUUUAUAACAACGUCAGCAGAAAGGUCUUGAAUUCGGAUUCCUACAAAGCAGAAUUAUCAGUCAACAGAGUUUCCCUUGCUAAUGACGGCUCAAAUGGAUCAAAGCAGACUCAGGGAUUCUAUUCUUGUUGUUCCAGGUGACUCAAAUACUAUAUUAUUCUCAAAUGUGUACAAGUGAAGGCCUGUCUUAUUGGUGGUUUUAAUUUAUUGAUUUUAUUGGUCUAUUUCUUUCUGAAUUUGUUAUUUAUAGAACGAUUCCGUAAUGACGGGGAAGAUGGUAUAUCACAGUUCUACCAAAGUAAUUGUUCUCAAAAGUACUGGGGAAAUGUUAUUAAACUCAUUUUUCUAAAAAUGUAAAUCACACAAUUGAAGACUGUAUGGUUUUCUGAUUGUAGAUUGA